GAGUUGGCACCGGAAGUGGAGGAGCGCUCGGCGGGCGGUGAGGAAGAUGAGCUCCGCGCCGCCGCCUCCCGGGUCGGGCAGCGCCAGCGGGAACCGGGAUGAGAUGACCUGGUGGUAUCGGUGGCUGUGCCGAGCAGCCGCGGUGCUGGGAGGAGUGUCCUGUGCAAUUUCUGGAAUCUGGAACUGUGUCACAGUUAAUCCCCUGAAUAUCGCUGCUGGGGUCUGGAUGAUGUUGAAUGCCUUCAUCCUGUUUCUCUGUGAAGUUCCGUUCUGCUGUCAGUUCAUUGAAUUUGCGAAUGCUGUUUCCUCGAGAGCAGAUAAACUGAGAUACUGGCAGAAGGCGGCUUUCUACUGCGGGAUGGCGAUCGUCCCAAUAUUCCUGAGCUUUUCCAUCACCACGCUGUUUGGCAACGGCAUCGCGUUUGCCUCGGGGGUGUUAUACGGACUCGCGUCUCUGGGCAAAAAAGGUGACGCUGUUUCCUACGCAAAGCUACAAGAGAAGAGAGUGGCUGACGAGGAGAAGCUGACCGGUGGUACCGACAUCGAAAUGCCGGAGCAGUGACCACGGCCGCCCCUGGGCUGGGUCCGUCCAUCUUCCCGGAUGUUGUGAAGCGAGCAGAGAGCCGAGCCGAACCUUGCUAAAGUCGGCUCACGGCAAGCCGCUCUCCACCUCCGAUCACAACGUGCAAUGAAUUAUUUAAAGGGGAAAGAGGCAAUGCUUUGUUUAAGAGAAUCCUUUCGUACUAGUUCACAACUUGCAAUAGUUUUAUUUUUCAUUGACGUUAGUUAGAGAAUAACGGAUUUUUUAAAGCGCUGUUAAUCUCGUUCUUGAUUCUAAACUGCGUGCGUGUGUGUGUGUGAGGUCUCCUCCCACUUUGGUUUCAGGUGUGCUAGACACUAUACUGAUGAUUAUUUAUGGAAAUAAGGGAACUGGGUCGGCUCAGGGCUAUUGUGUUGCUGGGUUUUUAAUGGGAUUGAGUUUCUCAGCUGCACUGAAGCACAAAUAAUACUGCGUUUACACUGGCCGAGUGGGUACUGUCGCCAAGGCCAUUUCUAAUCAGGUAAUUACAUUUAGGGAUCUCAUCCUCUGCUCUUUCUAAAGCUGCCUGUACAUUGGAUGUUAAAUGGAGACAACAGCAACAAAACUACAUUUGUACAGUGCCUUUCACGUCGGGAGGACGUCCAAAGGUGCUGGAUAAUCAAUGUUUCGGGGAGAGAGAGAGAGGGCACGGAACAGGGUCACAGCUUUCAUGGCUUUCCACAGCUUUCCAAGGGCUCUGGGACACUACACUGCGUAAGAGGUGCUAUAUAAAUGCAAGUUGUUAUUGAUUAAAAUGUUGCUGUAAGAUGGUCAAACCUGUGAGCGGGAUGAAUGACCUGACCCUCUCCUGAUAGCCUCACACAGACGCUUGUGUCUUGGGAUUGUGACCUGCUUUCCUCCUCCUCCAGCUCUCCCCGUUGUCUCUCUGCACCACAGCCUGCGAUGUCAGAGUUCAUCACUUUGUCCUGUCUAUGUUCCCAUUUUCCUGAUCGGAAACAAAAUGAUUCCCAGCAAAGAAAGCUCUUUUUGUCUCUUUCCCGAAGCACUUAGUCAGUAUUCCCCCCAAAAGGAAGUAGCUUCAGGUGCGGUGUUCAGUUGUCUUGGGUGUGAACUGUGCUCUGAUUUUAGCUCCUUUUGGUGCCUCAUCUUUUUGCUGCUACUUUUCCUGUGUCUCUAACCCACUCCCCAUCCCCUCACUGACAUAAGCACACAAGGGCAGGAGGCCCAAGGUGCAGGAGAGGGUAGUGGUUGGCUGGUGCCCUGUCUAGGGUAAGAAUGAUGAGAAGGAGGAAGAAGGAGAUGUGACUGAUGGAGGAGAGGUUUCAGUCAUGGGGUCUGUGGGUUCUGAGUGACUGGGGAGGAACAGCAUGGCUCCAUGGGAAUUGUUUGAGGUACGAAAACCAAAGCAACUGCUUUAAUUAUUGUGUAUG